CACUUCAACUCUGUUGAGUGUUUUCGUCUAGGUGGCCACAGGUACUUAAGCGGAUGGCGCGCUGGGGGAUCCAUUCGUGAAUCCUCCUCGCCGACAACAUGAACGCCACACUGACGAUCGCCCUGGCUCUGCUCGCCGCGGCGGCCUGCGCCCAGGCUGCUCCCUCUCACGAGUCCGCGCUCACCAACACCUCGACGAAGGGUACGUGCAACGGUGCAUUCACCCUUCCACCUCAGCCAGAGUCACUGACGAAGCCCGCGCCCUCCACGCUGCCCCCGAAGCUGGCCUGCUACCUCGAAAAAUCGCUCGUGUACGUCGCUGAACUCAACUACUACUGCUGGGCCAAGGCGAAGCUUCUCAUCCACCAGGAACCGAACCUUAUCCUCACCUUCGCCGAUUGCGUGUUCACCGGGAUCAACAACCCAGAAUCAACCGGGUUGGCGCCAGUUUUUGAAUGCUAGCGCAUUAGUGUAUUCAUGAAAAAUAGAUGAAACACAUGUUUAUAAAA